AUGAUUCCAGUGUCCAACAACGCCCUGCCGAGCCAGCGGCUGUCCAUCGCGCCGCUGGUGCCGCGCGCGCGCUACACGGUGCGCGUGACGGCGCACAACAACGCCGGCUCCACCGUGCACCUCUACAACUUCACCGGCCCCGCCCCGUUGGCCGCGGACGGCGACGCCGCCGUGGACUCGGCCGCGGCCGACGCCGGCCUGUCGUCGACGCCGUUCUACCUGGACGCCGCCGUGCUGGCGCCCACCCUCAUCUCGGUCCUGGCGCUGGUGUCCGCCGUGGCGCUGGCCUGCUUCUGCUUCCGCCGGAACCUCGAGACGCGCUCCGCCGCCAUGGUGUCGCUGGACAACAAGCAGAACAUGAGCAUGGAGCACCGGGACCAGUACUACUCGACGGCGCGGAAGCCCCUGCAGUCACCCGGCCGGGACAUCAACGCCCUCGACAGGAUACCAGAGUACUCUGAGGACAUCUACCCGUACGCGACGUUCCACCUGCCCGAGCACGAGAACAUGGGCGGCAACCCCCAGCGCCGGGGCACGUUCCUCGGCUACCACGAGGCCCUGGACCUGGGCCUGGAGGAGGACCACUACCAGCACAUCCGGCACCCGGGCGCGGCGGCGCCGCCCGGCAGCCGCGCCAGGUCGCGGUCCAGGUCGCGGUCGAGGGCCAACAGCCGCGGCGGCGGCAAGCGCUCCGACUCGGACGAGACGGAGUCGGGGUCGGAAAGCGACCAUGCCCUGCCGGGCCAGGGCGGCCAGGGCUCGCUGAGGAUGCCGCUCAAGCACCGGGGGAGCGGCAGUAGCGGCAGCAAGCAGGACAAGGACGGCCGGAGCUCGUCCAGCUCGAGCAGCGGCAACGCCCAGCCCCGCGGCCACCGCCGCGCCAGCCGCCACGCCGCGCAGCUCGCCCAGCUCGCGCAGCACGCUCAGCUGCAGCAGCACCAGCAGCACCAGCUCGCCGUGUCGCGGCCCUCGCCUCAACACAGCUUCCUCUAUCGCGGCCCAAAGUUAAGUACAUCAGUCGAUCAAACUACUGAGCGGCUUACGCUGCCGUCGCGGAGACACAGGCGGCGGGACCGCGAGCUCAGCCUGGGCGGCAUCGUGGGCAUGGACCUGCGGCUGCCGGCGGAGAUGAGCGACGCCGAGUGCGACCUGGAGUCGCUGCAGCAGACGCUGCGCCUGGGCGACCAGCCCCGCGCGCUGCCGCCCCACCUGCCGCCCUUCCCCGCGCACGUGCAGGUGUUCGGGUCGCGCGGCGCGAGCCAGGACUUCACCAUCGCCGUGUGACGCGCGGAGCAGGCGCCGGCGGGGCUGUCGCCGUGCUGACCGGACCCGUCCGCGAGGCCGCCGCCGUGGCCGCAACCCUGUGCCUUUGGAAAGUGGGGUGCACCGUCUUUAGCAGAACCCACGAGAAACUGGCUCUAUUCCAAGUUUUUUUUUUUUUUUUUUUAAUACUGUGCAAAAAAAACGAAUCUGUGAUCUUUUUGUAAAUUGUUUGAAUUUUCUUUUCUGGAUAUGUCAGUGUGUAUAUUAGCUUUAUUAGUAUCGUGAAUCACUGGGACUGAUCUGUUCAAUGCCAACUCGACUACAUGGCAUUCUGUCAUGUAAAGCCAUGGGUAAUUUUCAUCACUCUUUUACUGCCGAAGCAAAUGUGCCAAUUUGUUUCCUCGCCCUUUUUCUCUCCAUAAGGAACUAGCACAAAAUUGAGGACC